AUGUGGGGACUUGGGGGAAGGAAUGGAGGUGGCUUGCUGAUCGAUGAAAGCAUCAAGCUCGGCCGCUUCCUCCAAGAUGCGGAAGGAGAAUGGACAGAUAGAGAGCUCAUGAUAUCAAUGGGCUCGAACAGGUCAGGAAUGAGGAAGUUGGAUUUAGAAGCAGAGGAAGAAGAGAGAGGAGGAGGAGAAGAUGAAGAUGAAGAUGAGGACGAAGACGAGGAGGAAAUGAGGAUUCUGGGGGCUCUACGAUGGGCCGAAAUUUGGGAUGCGGUGGAGGUAACGCCGGAACGAUCCGACAUAAAAUGCAGAAGUGUUGAGGAUGAUGAUGUAGGUAUUCAAGAAGGACUUAAGAACCUCACAAUUCAUGACAAAAACAAUGCUCCACAAGAAGAGAGCUCAAAGGAAGAUGAUCCCCAAGACAGUCAAGCAUUGGAAGAAAAUGACAAUCAUGGUGAUGCACCUAGAAAUUUUUCAAAAGUUUGGAAGUUUGUUCAAAAUCAUCCUAAGGAGCUCAUUAUUCGUAAUCCAUCCGAAAAGAUUUGCAUCAUUCUCCAUAACAAAAAUGAUCUGCAUUUCAUCAUGGUAAGAAUUAGGGGAGGAUUUGUCAGUGCCGGACGCACCACCAGAUUCAGGUCGAGGGAUGAAGAUAAUGAAAUUAUUGAGCCCUCUGCCACUAAAUCUCCAAAAAGGGUGACAAAAAAACAUGGUGAAAAAGGGAAAGGUUCGGCCCAAAAGAAACAUUCAGAGGAACGGCAAACUACUUCCGCUAAGCAAACUGCAUUGCCUCCUGUCAGUGAUAGUGAAGAGGAACUGGAGCAGUCUACUAAUGUUGACACAUCCGUCACGAAAUCACCCAGAAAAGGGACUGAACCUCAUAGUAAAAAGGGGAAAUGGUUUGCUAAAAAGAAGGGGACUGCUCAAACUAAGGAAAGGCAAACUGCUGAUCCUUCUGUUGAGCAAAUUGAGGAACAGCAGACUGUUGAGCAAAAUGCUGAGAAUCAGCAAGCCACUGAGACUUCCACCAGAAAGUCACCAAGAACAAUGUCUGGUGGACAGACCGAUUGUAGAGAAAAUGAAGUGGAAAGAGAAAACGAACUGCUGGGAGCAACCUGA